GCAUUGCACGUUCAGCAUCAAGGUUUGCGUGUGUUCAUACUUCCUGUCGGAAACUUCAGCAGUAUGGUGUUAUGUGCUGAAAAGCUGCCGUCUCACUUACGGCAGCGAACGUGGAUGGGGGCAACACCUUUUGCCUUUCAGUGCAAAGGUGGGCAGCUCGAUCGGCCAUCGGCGGCGGCCGUGCUGCGCAUGCUCAGCCCUGUGCUUAGCCAAUAUCAUACACAAGCACGUCUGUGGGGGUUGCAAAGCUAUGCGUGCGUAUCGCAGCAGGCAUCGAUGGUGGUACCUGCUAAAGAGGCGGGGCUUUGCCUUGUUUUGGCGCUCAGCCGGAAGAAUAGGAGCGAGGUUCUGAACGGAGCGAGCUGGGUUUUGAGUUUGUGAGCGCGGGCUUUCAAGGAAGGAAGCUGACAAUGAUCUGGCUGGAUGUGACCCGCAUACUGUUACUAGGACUGUGUUGUUCGUUGGGACGCAGGACAAUUCAGGCAUUUCCGUCCUGAGGCCCUGCAAUUGAGCAGUUGCGGCAGCUAAGGGGUUUCAAUCGCUGUGGCUUUGGCCCAGCAGUCGGGCGUUUGUGACGGGCUCUGGUCAGGUCUGGCCUGACCUGACGUGAGGAAGCCAGGCGAAGAAAGUGUACGGUAAGCAUGUGCACCGGUUUUGUGCGUGUGAGAGGUUGUCCUUAUUAAAUGUACCCUUCUUGCGCCUUUGUGUCUCAGGGAUGCUUCCCAGCAGUGACACGAGGACGCAUGGACUUGCACAUAAGAAGAUAGGAACGGUGUUUGUUUGUGCGGCGCGAGUGCGUGGUUGGCACUGCAUGCUAUGAGAGGACGGGGACGGAGGUGCGGUGGUUACGGUGGUUCAUGUGUGGGAGAGAUCGCAAGCGCUCGGUGCAAUCGAGUUUAUGUGUUUUUGUGACUGCUACAGUGCCCUCCACGGGUCACAAACAAUGACAGCAGGCGAUGAGCUGUGAUUUACGUCAGAUUGAGGCACCGGCGUAACCCAUACGCCAGGGAGGAGACGGACACAUAAAACGGCGGGUUCAGGACACAUACACGCAUACAUAUACGUACCAAAAUUCCUUUGCGCGCAAGCAAGUGGCUGCGCGUGUCGCAGCAGGUAGGCAGGUGCUCCGGUGUGAUGGAUGUGAGAAAGGCAAGCCAGCCGUUGCUAGCUAUUGGCGACACUAGUUGGCACAAUCGUCUUUCUUGGUUGCUGUGUACAAAGGGCACGGGGAUAUACACGGCCUGACACAGUGCUUACUGGCAGGAUCAUUCGGACUCGUCAAGGGUGUUCACAAGCGGCUUACUGCGGCUUUGAAAGGACAUACACGUGCGCUGUCCCAUGGUUGGAAGCGCAUAAGGUGGCAGGGUGCGGAGUUUGCGCUCGCAAUCUAUCAUUACCGGACACGACGCACGGGCACACGUGCGUUUCUCAUCUAUUACAGCAAUUGACGGAGUUGUUGCGUACACGCGCGGCGUCUGAUAGGCGUGGGGCGGCCGCGGCAGUGGUACGCGCAGCUAAAGCUAUAAAAUAAACAAAACAAAAAAUAAGAAGGCCGAGGUGCUAAGCGUGUAUACCGUGACGUGCGGCUGAUAUGUGUGGGACCCUCUGGGAUUCUGACUGCUUUGGCGCGUGACACGUGUUGCUCGCUCGGUGUCGGUCUACAUCGAUUUUGGGAUCAUGGCGACAGAAAUGGAGUAGAAAUAAGUAAAGCGGCGCGAUAGUCUUGGCUGGAGGCCUACUUGCAGUAGUACAUCCGGCGGGGGGGAAAGGGGUAUUGGACGGAUGCGGGCAGCAGAAAGGUGCAAUUUAGGUGCGAGAUCGCACUGCUCCUUAGUUUGCGCCUGCAUGCGUGCAUGUGUAUAUGCGUGUGGUGGUGGCAUUGGCAGUGUGAUUCACAGGGGCGGCCCCUUCCUUCCUUUGCAUCCCGCCUUUCUUGGCACUUAACAAGCACUUCCGCCAACUCACACCGGUCGGGGCUGCAGUGAUUACUACAUAUUGCUGAUGGAGUCGCCUGUCAUGAUCUCGCUCCAUGAAAUGAAUGUCGAAGUUGCAACGCCUACAUGAAUUCUUCAGUGACGGAUGCCCCGUCAAAGCUUACGAAAGGCAGCAUCCAUCUUUAUGGUGGUGCGUGUACAUGUGUGCGUGUGCGUGUUUGAAUGGGGACCCCACAUCGCAGAGUUUUGAUGUCUAUGUGUUUGGAAGUGAUCCUGCAGCAACACCAAGCUAAGUGGUGGAGCAUCGGAGGGCGGAAACUUGGCUCGCGGCGUGCAUCGUAAUAUUGCGUUGUGGGUUAUUCAUACGCACGCAAGGCCGUGUAUACAGACGCAUGCCUGCUGUCUGUUGCAUAAUGUUGGGCGCACACGCGGUGGCGAAUGUGGUGAGGCAUGCAUGCUUGUGUGGGCAGCCGAGUGCCUGUUUCUUUUGGAUGUGCGUGGUUCGGUGGUUUGGAUGCGCGCGCAGUGACGUGGCAGGUGCCGGGUGCCUCGGGCAGCAGGGGCCCUUCCAGUGACUUCGGAAGGCUGAUCGGAUGCCAGGGCCAACCUGUCUGUCCUUUGACGGCAUUUGCCGUAGCAGCAGUGCCGUGCCUGCUGUGUGCUACUAUGCCUCCAAGUGAAGCCACGACGUACGUACAAUAGCAGUGCUUCAAGCGCACGUUUCGGAAGCAGGGCAAGACUGAAGUGAAAGCACAUCGGCAUAUCCUGUCAAGUUCUGUCUUGUUCUUGCACGUGUCCCAAUAGUCCCAAGCUGUGUUAGCUGUCGUCAUACAUGAGGCAAGUUCCGUGGCACGCAUCUUGGCCCGGGCCGCUGCCCAUCGUGCCAGCCUGCCGGCAUCUCGCGUGGUGUUAAUCAGGGGUGCGCGCAUAAUCUUGAUGCCGGUGGUGAUGGAGGUGACGGGGUGCAUGCAUGCGCAUCGUUUGCAUGCUACGCAUGGGCACGAAGUGACGAAGGCACGUCAGAGGUCUGCGGGGGCGGGCUCGCACGUAGCGUUGUUUGGACUGACUCGGCGGAGCAGGGCUCGUUUGCUUGGCCAUCUCAUCUAUCGCUAUAUACAUACAGACGUGAGAAGCUGUGCGAACGGCAAGAGGGGGCGGCGGCGGUGCGGCUUUGGCCGGGGCAGUGGGGGAGUGUGGGCAUUGGGCAGGGCUCGCUUCACUAUGUAGUGCCCUCCGCGGGUGCGACAUGCCCCAUUGAUUCUUUUUAUGAGGAUGCAAAUCUGUAACACAUGUGCCGU